UCCCGGCUUCAAUGGUGUUCCCUCGCGAAUCAGACCUAAAUUGUCACAAACUACUUGUACUGUCCGAAUCCGAUCCCGACGAUCUGCGGUUCCCGCUGCAGAUUGCUGCUGGAUCGCCUUCCAGAUAUCAUCGGACUUUUGCUUCUCCUCCUCUUCCUUCGUCUUCAUAGCAAUUUGUUUUCUUAGCUUCAAUUGCUGCUUCGUUGGCUGGUUGCCCUGUGGGACUCCUUGCUGAGAAUACGAAAGUCCAGGAAUGGCGGCAGCGCCGGAGGGAGUUGCAAAGCUGUUGUACGUGGUGGUAGUAGAGGAUGACGGCGACGGCGACGGAUAUGAUGCGGUAGCCGCAGCGACUGCGGCGUGGAAGAAGGUGAAUUCGUCUUCGUUUCGGUACACGCGGUCGCUGCUCCAGAGUACACUGCAGCUCAUGGGUUGCAAGGCUCGUCAUGCGUUCAAGAUCAGCCAAAGGGUAUUUGAAAUGAUGAGACACGAAAACAUUGUGGAAAAUUCUGUUUCAAAAUGUGUAGAAAUGACGCAACAAAAUGCUAAAGUAUAUCCUAAAAAGGAGAAUCAAUGCCAUGCUCAUUCCUGCUUAAAUAAUGGAACUGCUGAUAAUUUAUCUUUGGAGGAGAGUAAGACAAGUAGCAAGCCAUUUGAGUCGUACAAAAGACGCACCACUAUGAUUGUUCGUAGAAAAGUUUUCCUAGAUGUUGUAUGUGAAGCUUUGUUGGAGUACAAGUACAUGGGGCCGAAUCAGAGAGCUGAUCUGGUCCUUGCUUGCAGAAUACGAGAAAGAAAGGAAUCUGUAACUGUUCUACUCUGUGGUACAAGUGGCUGCGGAAAGUCUACUCUUUCUGCCUUGCUGGGCGGAAGGCUAGGUAUCACGACUGUGAUUUCUACUGACUCAAUUCGCCACAUGAUGAGGAGCUUUGUUGAUGAAGAGCAAAAUCCAUUGCUCUGGGCUUCGACAUAUCAUGCUGGCGAGUAUUUAGAUCCUGUUGCAGUUGCAGAAGCUAAGGACAAAAAGAAAGCCAAGAAAUCUGGUGGUGUUUCUGCUGCCUCACUAUCGAAAGACGAAGCUUGUAGUAAUUCCUCGCCUGGAAAAUCCGAGGGAAAUCCAACCACCACUGAUAUGAUUAGUCCAAAACAGAUGGCUAUAGAAGGAUAUAAAGCACAAAGUGAGAUGGUGAUUGAAAGCCUUGACCGAUUAAUAACUUCUUGGGAAGAACGGAAAGAAUCAGUUGUUGUGGAGGGCGUGCACUUAAGCCUCAAUUUUGUGAUGGGGCUUAUGAAGAAACAUCCUUCGGUCAUACCAUUCAUGAUAUACAUUUCAAACGAGGAGAAGCACUUGGAAAGAUUCGCGGUCCGCGCCAAGUACAUGACGCUAGACCCUGCUCGGAACAAGUAUGUAAAAUAUAUUAAAAACAUAAGAACCAUCCAGGAAUACCUCUGCCGCCGAGCAGAUAAGCAUUUAGUGCCGAAAAUAAACAACACUAAUGUUGACAAAAGCGUAGCUGCUAUCCAUGCCACAGUUUUCAGCUGCCUGAGAAGGCGGGAAGUAGGGGAGCCCCUGUACGAUCCAACCACAAACACGGUUAUGGCUGUUGAUGAGGAGUAUAGGAAUCAGUGUGCUGCCGAUUCACUAAGCUCCAAAGGGAUGUUCCAGUUGAUCCAGCGACAAGGAUCUACUCGGCAUUUGAUGGUACUUUUGAAUGGCGAUGGUUCAGUGGCUAAGGCUUGGCCAGUUGAUAACUUAGAUGAUUACGGGAAGCCCUUAGCAGGCCAACCUCUAGGGAAUGGAAUAGGUACCCCUAUGUAUGGGCCAUUGCUGAUCAGUAAAGCAGAACCCGUCAACCUGCAGUUUGGUCACUAUGGAAUUAGUGCGUGGCCGAGUGAUACUGGCGGCACAAGUCACGCUAGCAGCAUGGACGGGGGCGAGCUCACUGACACCGGAAGUAGAUACAUGUCAUCCAGCUGCAGCUCACCAAGAGCCAUUGAUGGACCUGCCAAAGAGCUUAUGGAAGAACAGGCCGUGCAUGGUAGCGAUGAAGAGGCUGACGAGCCCCCUGAGGUAGACAGUGAUGAAGAUUUUAGUGACAGACAGAAGCAUACCCAAGAAGAGUUGGAGGGUUCUGUAGAUGAGGAAUCCACUAAAUCGGAUGAAGAGUACAACGACCUUGCGAUGCAGGACACCCCCGACAACAGUUACCUAUCCAGGGAUGACGAGGUGGACAGAGAUGGCCUUUUCUUGAAAAAGCUCGACCAGUCUCAUAGGACGAAAAGUGAACCUUUGUCUGAGGUCUCGAGGCUCCUCAUAGACAAUGGCGAGAGGAGAAUACUGCGCUCGGAGAGUUACCGAUCAAGAAAACUCUCAUGGAGUGUAACCCAACAUUAGGUACGACUUGCUAAGCAUUAACCAUUGAUAAUUUGGGCUGUGUUAUUUCUUUCUUGUUCUUCUACUAUUCUCUACUUUCUAUAAAAAAAGGAAAAAGAAGAAUUCAUUAGUUAGCAACUUGCCUAUUUUAUUUAUGUUGCUGUGUGUGUGUAUCCAUUUCUAACUCAUAUAGAUUCAAACUCUUUUUUUUUGUACAUUGGGUAAAAUUAUUUGCCGAACGUAAUAGCCGGUAAACUAUGCCACUUGCAACUUUGAUCAUAUCUAAGUCAAACAAGUUUAGAUUAUGUGUUGAUUCGAACAAGUCAGUAUGGAGCUUAUUUGAUUCGAUCAACUUAUACA